GUUCUUCUCAAUUGUUUCUUGCGUUGCAGUCACUUUCGUCAUCCACUACAUUCAUCUGCUCUGCUUUAUAUCUACUCUUACUUGCUUUUAACUUGUUCACACCAGUCUCUUAUCAACUAUGAAUUUUAAUGUCAACGAUAAUCCUCUUCUCGUCGCUCCUCGACCCGUUCGCAUCACCUCCCACUUUGCUCGUACUACACAUCUCAAACUUGUCGCUCCUCAAGUUGAUCAUGUAAUGCUAUCCGAAGACACUGAACAUGUUGACGAGUACAAGCAGCCUACCCGUGUUGACUCCUCGGUUUCGUCCGAUAAGGAUCUCUCCUCUCCUCGAGCAUCACCUCGGUCUAGCCUUCCAUCAGAAGCGCUUGAGGAGUUCCUGUCAAUCUGCAUGGGGUGGAAAUGCCCAUCAUCUCCUGUAUUACGACCACGUCGCAACGGUGCCGUAUCGCUGCCUACAUUUGGCCUCCCUUACAGGUCUAGGAGCAGAGUGGAUUUUAUUCACGCCAAGGGUGACUUGUCCAGCAUUACACUCACUGAGGAGAAUGAAUGGGUCCCUCGCUCACGCUCUCCUCAAACCCUUUAUGAGCGAGACGAGCUUGAGAAUCUUGACGUUCAAGACCUUGAUACCCAAAGGUGGAACAUCACCCACACUCUUUCAUCUCCGAUAUCUCGUGCGCGCAAUCCAUUUUUACGCCACCCAUCUUAUGACACUGCGCUCUCUGGCAUUUCGAAUUUUUCCCAAUCAUCCCCUCCGAUCACUUCGGCAACGCCCAUGUCUCCUGCGGCCGUUCCUCUUCCUGUCCCAACCCCUGAUGAGUUAAUUAAGGUUUACUGAACCUCCGGUCUUUAUCGCAGUAGUCCUUGUCUCGUCGUCCUGUCGCUACUACCUUAUAUCUGGUAUGUCCUUCAAUACUGUGAGCUAGGUUUCUCGUCUUGCGAGCUGGUACUCAGCUUUAGACCAGUUCUCAGAUUACAUUAAAGAUACCACCUUUGAUUUGUCGGUCUGCUCCUUCAUCGCACUAGUAUUCUAUUUUGUUUUACUACAUACUUAUAUUCCACGUUGGUGUUCCCCCUCUAGUCUCUUCGCUUUGCAUACGUUCAUUUACUAUGUUCCUUACACGUCAGAAGGACCACUUCCAAGUUUGUCUCCCCUUACUUCUCGCAUGUUACCCGGUGCUGCGCCAUUGCCUUCUAGGAAGGAACUCUCACGCAUUGUAUACUAUUCGAAUUCCCGUUGAUUUCUGUAUAUCGGAUUGAUAGCCUCCAUAUUAUGAUGCUAGAAAUAUGAAACAAAUGACCACUUUAUGCUUAUUGUAACGUGUGUG